GAGAUCCAGUUGAUAGGGUUCUUCUGUAGCUUCAAGCCCGGAACAUUUCACUGAGCAAGGGUAAAAAUGAAAAGGGUGGCCAGAGUGCGAGAAGAUCGGAUCAGCGCAUUACCAAAAGCCGUCAUUUGUCACAUACUCUCCUUCCUUCCGACAUUAGACUCCGUGAGGACUACUCUUUUGUCUAAGAGUUGGAACAACAUGUGGGCUUCUGUCACUAGUCUAGACUUCGACGAUGACAGAGAUGAUGUUAGAUAUUUUUUCAGGUUUGUUAACUGUGUACUUAUGUUUCGUGACUCAUCAAACAUCCAAAAAUUCCAACUUAAGAUUAGUGGCGAAUUGCCCGGAAUUGAUGUGGAUUGUGUUGAAGAUUGGAUUUGCGCUGCAGUGAGACGCAAUGUGGUAAAGUUUCAUUUAAAAUUGUACUAUAGGAUCCCUCGUAGUGUUUUUACAUGCAAAACAGUGAGGACUCUGAGACUUGAAGUUGGUGGUAGUCCCAUUCAUUGGGAUUAUCCUUCUGUGUGUUUCCCAAAUCUCAAGUUUCUUCAUGUAACAAUGGAACGUCCUGAGUACGAAGUACCGGAACUGGUUUUCUCUUCUUGCCCUGUUGUUGAAGAUAUGAUCAUUGAUGGGUCGGCCAAUAACGACAACUAUGAUUUCAAUAUCUGUGCACCUGAACUGAAAUCAUUAUCGGUAUGUUUGGCAGAUCCUAGUGAUCAAUAUGAGAACAACUUUCAGGUUAAUGCUCCAAAACUUGAAAAGCUUGUGCUUGAGAGCGAUUUCUUGUCAAAUUAUAAUUUGGAGACUGUGAAAUCCCUAGUCAGUGCUAGUAUCACCUUCGAUGCCAUUUCUGCUUAUGAAUUUGAAUCCUUUCCAACUCGUGCAACUGCCCUCCUGGCUGGGAUCUCCAAUGUCAAAUGUCUGUCUCUUUCAACUCAUUCCUUUGAAGUUUCAUAUCUACCUGCUUUUAAUAAUUUGCAAAAAUUGGAUCUGCUUCUUCAUAAAUGCAAGUAUUGGGAGUUGCUCGCAGAGCUUCUCUACAGGGCACCGAAUUUGGAAGAUAUGGUUCUGGAAGAUGUAUCUGGACAAGCAGUCCCCAGUUUCAGAUAUGCUGUACAGUCUGAAGUUGUGUCUGUCUUGAACUCUCGGCCUCAAACCUCCCUGUUUUUUGGUAAUUUGAACCAAUUGAGGCUGGUUCUCCGUGAUCGUAAUAGCUGGGAGUUUGUAACAGAGCUGCUUCACAAAACACCAAAUCUGGAAGAUCUAGAUCUUGUGUUGGAAGAUGGAACCGAAGGCGAGAAAGAUGAUCCAGAACUACAAUGGACUCCACCUGAGCUUGUGCCCGACUGUUUGUCAUCAAACCUCAAGAGAAUCUCCAUAAGAGGAUUCAAGGGUCUACAAGUUGAAAGUCUGCGCCGCGACUCCUUCCUCACCACCUCUUAGGACGACACCGUCAAGCUCUAGACCAUCAACUGCCCACCUCCGUUCGGACCUUUAAGGAGCACGUCGAUCUACUACGUCUACUCUGCCGUCUGGAACCCUCGCCACGCCGACGUCUUCGCCUCCACCUCCGGCGGCUGCACCGCACGCGUCUGGGACGUGAAUGAGCAAUCCACCAUGAUCAUCCCGGCGCACAAGUUCGAGAUCCUCUCCUGCCACUGGAACAAGUACGACGACUACGUCAUUGCCACCGCCUCCGUUGACAAGUCCAUCAAGGUAUGGGACGUCCGGUCCAUCCGAGCACCGAUCUCGAUGCUCAAAGGCCACGGCUACGCCGUCAGGAAAGUCAAAUUUUCGCCGCACCGACAGAGCUUGAUGAUGUCGUGCUCGUACGACAUGUCGGUUUUCUUCAUAGAUUUGGUGAAACUGUUGCAUGAAUCCAAGUACUGA